AUGAGAGCAGGGGGUUCCGCCUCCUGUCCUUGUACGAACCAAGAGUCGGGGAGAGGAAGCCGGGCUGAAGUCAUUGGAAUGCCUGGAGUCUUCCGAAUCAAUGGAGACGCGAGAAUGGGGAAGAACCGAGAGCCGGGGGAGGGAAAAAAGGAGGAAGACAAAGCCACCAAAAUUUUUCAGCGAUAUGGGGCAAGCUCGGAUUCCUUCAUUAAAUUUUCAACGGAGAAUGUUUGCCCUGCUGUUGUCACAGUCUCUCCUGAAAAGGGUAGAGAUUCUUAUGGCCGAAGCUCUAAACUUAGAGAUGGAGGGUCCGGAAUCAUCAUAGAUUCCGAUGGCACAGUCUUGACCCAAGCUCGUAACGUUUUUUCACCGGUUUUCAGAGGCAAGGUUAAUGUCAGCCUACAUGAUAGAAGAAAAUUUUCAGGAAAUAUUCUCAAGGUUAAUAAGUAUCAUGAUCUUGCUCUUUUGAAGAUACAAUCAGAAAUUCCCUUACCGACAAUAAUGUUUGGAUCUUUGGGAAAUUACAAGAGAAGCGAAUUGAUCUCUGUUGAACGUCUAUUUAGAGAAAAGGAUUACCCAAGAAUUUCGAGUCCAAAUGAUGUAGGUGAAGAGGGUAAUUGUGGAGGACCAAUUGUGACUCUUGAUGGUGAACUUGUUGGAAUUAGCACUAAAAUUCGUUUGCUUAAAUCUCUACAUAAUGAUGCGAGCUUUGGAACUAUUGAUGCAAUGGGAAUUGAGGAAGCCUUAAGCAACGUGGGAUACACAAGAAAAAAUGAUAGGAACAAUAACUUUUCUCUAGCUGCAUAUUCUUGGGGUGAUUAA